ACAUACCACAUUUCGUCUCAGCCAGAUCUCAUACUAUGCCAAUGAAUCCUGGGCACAAACUCUGGGGUCUGCUUGGUUGGAUGAAUUACAGACUCAUCGUUGGGACAGUGAAACAGGAACAGUAAUUUUCUUGCACACAUGGUCCAAGGGAAACUUCAGUAAUGAGGAGUUGACAGAUCUGGAGCUGCUUUUCUGUGUGUAUAUGAUUGGGAUACGUCAGGAGAUUCAUACCUACUCCACAGACUUGGGGUUUAGGUAUCCUGUUGAAUUACAAGUGAGACUUGGCUGUGAGCUGUCCUCUAGCGAGAGUGACAAAGGCUUCAUGCAGGCGGCUUUGGAAGGAUCAGAUUUUCUAAGUUUUCAGAAUACAACCUGGGUGCCAUCUCCUGAAGGUGGGAAACAGGCCCAGAAGGCGUGUGAUCUCCUCAAUCUGUAUGAGGGCAUCAAGCAAAUCGUGGAGAACCUUAUGAGCAAAACCUGCCCUUAGUUCCUCUUGGGUAUCCUGGAUGCAGGAAAGAUGUAUCUUCAGAGACAAGAUAUGACAUCGAAGCUUAGAGAGGUUGAGAAGCUUGUAUUGUGACAAGGGGAAUUUCUUUUGAGGUCAUCUGAUUAACGUGGAGUCAUGGAGAGAAGCUGCAGGCCAAGGAAGGAAGAGGGAAGUGAAACCUGGUGUGGAGAAGGCAGGCUGUGCAAGAAGGACACAUUUCCCUCUCUGAUCUGCAAGUUCUAUGAAGAGAGUUUUCAGGUGGGAGAGACAGGAAGUCUGUACCGAGUCCUGAGCAGCAGCAUUGCAGAAUCAGACAUCAAGCGCAGCCCUGAGCUCCUGAGGUCCUCUCUGGGAGAUGCUGCUCCUGCCACUUGUGUUGCUAGCUGUGCUCUUCCCAGCUGGGGACAAUCAGGAUGCAUCCCGGACUCUGGAAUGGCAUCAUUCAACACCAGCAGAGCCCCUGACCUUCAGAAUAGUCCACAUCACCUCCUUUGCCAACCACAGUUGGGCGCACACCCAACUUUCAGCCUGGCUGGGUGAGCUGCAGACUCAUGCCUGGGACAAUGUCUCGGACACCAUUAGGUUUGAGAAGCCCUGGUCCCAUGGAUAUUUCAGCAAGGAGCAGUGGAAGAAGCUGCAGGCGCUGUUCCAGUUGUUUAUCCAUGGCUUUCCCCGGGAAGUGCAGAACUUUGCCAGCCAAUUUCAGUUUGAUUACCCGUUUGUGCUCCAGAUAUCUAGUGGGUGCACCAUGCAACCUGGGAAAGCCUACAAGAGCUUCUUAAACGGAGCCUACCAAGGAUUAGAUCUCCUGAGUUUCCAAGGAAGUUCCUGGGAGCCAGCUCCAGGCUCAGGAAGGCGGGCUCAGAAUGUCUGCAGAGUGCUCAACCAAUACUUAAUCAUUAAGGAAAUAGUGCAUAGCCUUCUCAGUGACACCUGCCCCCGGUUUCUGGCAGGUCUUCUCGAAGCAGGGAAGUCGGAACUGGAGCGGCAAGUGAAGCCUGAAGUCUGGCUGUCCAGUGGCCCCAGUCCUGGGCCUGGCCAUCUGCAGCUGGUGUGUCACGUCUCUGGCUUCCAUCCAAAGCCUGUGUGGGUGAUGUGGAUGCGAGGAGAUCAAGAGCAGGCAGGCACUCGCUACAGUGAUAUCCUUCCCAAUGCGGAUGAGACCUGGUACCUGAGAGCAACCCUGGAUGUGGCGGCUGGGCAGACAGCUGGACUAUCUUGUCGAGUGAAACACAGCAGUCUAGGAGGCCACGACAUAGUUAUCCACUGGGCAGGUGGACACUCCCUCCUCCCGACACUGAUGUGUCUGACUGUCGUAGUUGCCCUGGCCAUGGUCAUACUGCAAGCAUGUUGGAGAAAGCAAAGCUCAAAUAAGAGCGUUCUCUCCCCCUACAUGCCCAACUCUGCCUUUCCUAUGGAAGCCAAGGCCCAGGACCCCAAGAGUCCAGCCCAUCAGCUCUACUUGGCACAAGAAUCAUGGAUCAAAGCCAGAAUCCGGAUGUGGAAAAUAAGCUUGAAUCAAUGAUGGUGACAUGUAUUUAUCUUGCAAAAUUCUUGAAUAUGGUGUAAGGCUACUAAAGAAAGUAGAAUUUUAUUUAAGCUGCUUAUUCUGGCAGCUAUAUGGAAGCCAAUGGAGGAGAGAAUCUGUGCUUUUCAUCUUCUGCAAUUUCUUUUCUGCUUUGAUCACAAGUUCGUUAUCACCAAUCCUUUAGGAUUGAACUCAGAUGUUUCUUUCUCAUGGGCACUGCCCAGAAUUGUCCAACUAAAAGCUCUUCUUUUAAAAUUAGAUCUUUAUCAACAGUUACCUCAACCUCCUCUAAUCAUAGUGAGUUCAUGCUCUUCUCUUUCUCUCAAUUGCUUGAAAGUAGGCCUUGCAUGCACAUACCUGUGCAGGCAGGGACACAUAUUUUGAGGAUACACCUAGGUUUAAUGUUCUACUGUGGCCAUCUUGUAUUGCAUCAUUUUCUAACAAGUGAUGGUGCAUUAUGGUUUUGCCCCAGUCCCCAUAAAUUGUGGUAUUAAUUCUGCUUGAAUAUAAUAGUUUUCAAUAAAUGCUGACUGAAUUCUGUGUAUUAUUAAAGUGAUUCUGCUUACUCCACUACCUUA